AUGAAUGAAGUUGCUGUAAACAUCCCUGAGCAGGAGCCCGACGGUGACCGGGGGCCUGGGGGUACAUGGACCAUGUGGGACGAUCUCGACGUCCCCUGGUCCUGGCCGCGGGCGUGUGAUUGGCGCUCUCCGCGCCUGGCAGAUGCUGGGACCCGAGACCCAAGCGCAGCCAGGAAGGCCCCCUGGAGUCAGCUGCCCGCGGGCAAGCAGAGGAAUGUCGGGUCCUCGCAAUUCAAGACCAUUGAGGAUGACCUGGUGUCGGCCCUGGUCCGGUCGGGCUGUAUUCCCGAGAACCACGGCGAGGACAUGAGGAAGAUGUCGUUCCAGCGGUGCGCCCGCACAGACAAGGGCGUGUCCGCAGCUGGGCAGGUCGUGUCCCUGAAGGUGUGGCUGAUUGACGACAUUUUAGAAAAGAUCAACAGCCACCUCCCAUCUCACAUUCGAAUACUGGGACUGAAGCGCGUCACGGGCGGCUUCAACUCCAAGAACAGGUGCGACGCCAGGACCUACGUCUACAUGCUGCCCACGUUCGCCUUCGCGCACAAGGACCGCGACGCGCAGGACGAGACGUACCGGCUGAGCGCCGACACGCUGCGGCAGGUGAACCGGCUGCUGGCCUGCUACAAGGGCACCCACAACUUCCACAACUUCACCUCGCAGAAGGGGCCCCGGGAGCCCAGCGCCCAGCGCUACGUCCUGGACAUGUUCUGCGAGGAGCCCUUCGAGCGGGACGGCAUGGAGUUCGCGGUCAUCAAGGUCAAGGGGCAGAGCUUCAUGACGCACCAGAUCCGGAAGAUGGUGGGCCUGGUGGUGGCCAUCGUCAAGGGCUACGCGCCCGAGGACGUGCUGGAGCGCAGCUGGGGCGAGGCCAAGGUGGACGUGCCCAAGGCGCCGGGGCUGGGCCUGGUCCUGGAGCGCGUG